AUGCCUAGUUUUUAUAUUUAUCUUAUAGCUGUGACAAGGGAUUCUAAUGGAGAUCGACGUAUAGUGAUUGGUGUGGCGCAUUGGUUGUUGGGAAUUUAUGCCGAAUUGGAAAUACAUCAUCGUAUUUAUCCGGAAUCUUUUAAUGGUGAUUUAUCAACUGCUAUCUAUCUACCCUAUGUAACAUUUAAUAGUCGUGGUUUUUAUAUGGACUAUGUUGAACAUAUUGGUUUAAGUCAAGCGGAAGCGGCGGAUUUUGUUCGCGGUGUAGUAGAUACUUUGAUUGAUUAUAUUGGGGAACAUUAUCGGGAUGAUCGUUACGCGGAAUUAGCUGAAGAUUUUGAAGACAAUCACGGGAUAGCAGUGUCUGUACGAUUGGUGCAAAUUUUAAUCUAUCAUCGAUUUUUGGUGAGAACUGUACAAGAUUGGACGAUAUCAAAGUGUGAAUGUACCUUGGAGGAUCAAAUUUGCUAUUGUGGUAGUUUUACAAAAGAUGAAAUAAUUAAGUGUAAAAAAUUAUAUUUUCGUGACGCAAAGUUAUUGGUGAGUGAUGAGGUGUACUUUACCACCACAUGA